AUGAACAACAGAGAAUCCACCGGCAGCUUGAUCGACCUCGACGAGCUCAUGGUUCCGCAAACCAACUACCAGAACAACCGCGUAUCAACCGGCAGCCUAAUCGAUCUCGACAUGGGCCUAGCCGACCCGAUGCCGGAGCUCACCCGUCCUUCCACGGCGAACUCGGACGCUGCUUCUGUAAGCGGCUCAGACAUGGGGAUGGCAAACCCCUUCGAUCUCGAGCGCCACGCUUCUCUGUACGUUCCCACAACAAACCGGGAGCCGUCUAUCUAUGUCCCGGCGUCAAAUCGCGAGCCAUCUAUAUAUGUGCCAGCAUCAAACCGGGAGCCCUCGAUAUACGUUUCGGAUGACUCCGACUUUGCUUCAAAGAUUCCUAGAGACGAGGAUCUGAGUCUUGUUGACCUUUCCAUGGCUGAACCCAGUGCUACUGUCCGACCUUUAAACGGCCAGGGCGGACUGAGGUUGAACACUCAUCGGUCGUUCAACAGCGUCAAUAGCGCCGAUUACUCAGACCCUGAAUACCUGACUCCACAGCAGGCGGCCCAACCGGCUUUGCCCCUGGGUGUUCCACGCUCAACGGGAAGUCGCGAUAGUGGCAUACUCCCGUUACCGCCGCCACCUGCGCCGCCGUCGGUGGAGGUCAUGCAAGGCUCUGCUAGCGCAGACGCCGUGAAAGAAGAGCUGAGGCGGAUGGCAAUGAGUCUUGGCGAGCAUCUCAGCCAUGCCAAUCAGUACCUCUCAACGUUGCCUGUGCGUAAGGGUGGAAGGCAAGAUCUCAUGGGAGAAACAAACUGA